CCAAUCAGCGUUGGAGGUGGGCGGGCCCCGUUGCCAAAAUCUCCCCCCCACGUGAUCCCUGUGUAGUUCCAGGCGGUCAUACCACAGAGCAGGAGAUCAUGGAUCAGAAGGUCAGGUUGUGUCUUCUUCUUCUCGCGUUGGGCCUCCUCUUCCUCAGUUUGCCCGCUGUGGUCCGAGCCCAGGCUGAGGACCUGGGUGAGGACGCCGUGGACGACGUCGUGGACGUGGAGGACGAGCUGGACCUGGGCCUGGUGGGAGCCGAGGAGGAGGAGGAGGAGGACGAGCCGGCAGACGAGGCCCCGCCCACCCCCAAAGCUCCACCCACACCUAAAGUGACCUACAAGGCUCCUGAGCCCAUGGGGGAACAUUUCUUCGCUGAGUCUUUUGAUCGGGGGACACUGGACAGCUGGGUUCUGUCCAGCGCCAAGAAGGACGACACAGAUGAUGAGAUCGCCAAGUAUGACGGGAAGUGGGCGGUGGAGGAGAUGAUUGACAGCAAGCUCCCGGGUGAUAAAGGUCUGGUUCUGAAGUCUCGGGCCAAACAUCACGCCAUCUCGGCCCAGCUGCUCCGGCCCUUCAUCUUCGACACCAAGCCCCUCAUCAUCCAAUAUGAGGUGAACUUUCAGACAGGUAUCGAGUGUGGCGGUGCGUACGUCAAGCUGCUGAGUCAGACCCCUGACCUCGACCUGGACCAGUUUGUGGAUAAGACUCCGUACACCAUCAUGUUCGGGCCGGAUAAAUGUGGAGAGGAUUACAAACUGCACUUCAUCUUCAGACACAAAAACCCCAAAACCGGAGAAUACGAAGAGAAACACGCCAAGAAACCCGACGCCGACCUGAGAACCUACUACACCGACAAGAAGACACACCUGUACACACUGGUGGUGAACCCGGACAACAGCUUUGAGUUGCUGGUGGACCAGACGGUGGUGAACAGCGGGAACCUGCUGAGCGACAUGACGCCGCCCAUCAACCCGCCCGCCGAGAUCGAAGACCCCGACGACCGCAAGCCGGAGGACUGGGACGAGAGGCCCAAGAUCCAGGACCCGGACGCCACCAAGCCCGACGACUGGGAUGAGGAUGCUCCAGCUCAAAUCCCAGAUGAAGAUGCAGUGAAACCAGACGGCUGGCUGGACGACGAGCCGGAGUACAUCAGCGACCCCGACGCCAUCAAGCCUGACGACUGGGACGAGGACAUGGACGGCGAGUGGGAGGCGCCUCAGGUUCCUAACCCCGCCUGCGAGUCCGCCCCCGGCUGCGGCGCCUGGCAGCGGCCGGUGAUCGACAACCCCAACUACAAGGGCAAGUGGAAGCCGCCCAUGAUUGACAACCCCAACUACCAGGGCAUCUGGAAGCCGAGGAAGAUUCCCAACCCGGCGUUCUUCGAGGACCUGCACCCGUUCAGGAUGACCCCGUUCAACGCCGUGGGGCUGGAGCUCUGGUCCAUGUCCUCCGACAUCUUCUUCGACAACUUCUUCAUCACCAACGACCGCAUCACCGCUGACCGCUGGGCCAACGACGGCUGGGGGCUGAAGAAGGCAGCGGAGGGCGCCGCCGAGCCCGGCCUGGCGGCUCAGAUGCUCAGUGCGGCAGAGGAGCGUCCGUGGCUCUGGGUCGUCUACGUCCUCACCGUGGCUUUACCGCUCGUCCUCAUCAUCGUCUUCUGCUGCACCGGCAAGAAGAAGAGCGCGGCCACGCCGGCGGCAGAGUACAAGAAGACAGACGAGCCUCAGCCGGACGUGAAGGAGGAAGAGGAGGAGGAGGAGGAGGAGGGGGAGGAGGAGAAAGAGGAGGAGAAGGAGGAGAAGGCUGAGGAGAAGCAGAACUCUUCUUUAAGUUCACAGGCUGCAGAGGAGAAGAAGAGCGACGGAGAGGAAAGUCCUGUGGAGAAAGAGGAAGAGGAGGCCGACAAGGAGGAAGAGAACGAGGCGUCAGCUGAAGAGAAGCAGGAGGAUGAUGUUCUGAGGAGAUCUCCCAGGAACAGGAGGCUCAGAAAGGACUAAUGUGGCUGAAUACCAACAAACAGCCCUGACCUCAACCCCCCCUCCCCCCCAACCAACCCAUCUGACCCCCCCGACCCCCCUCUAACCCCCCCUCGCCCCACCUGCCUCCAGAACCCCCCCUCCCCCCUCCUCCUCUGCACCUCCCCGAGGCCACAAAGCCCGAACGAAACUUACGGCGACAGGAAACCAGACAGACACGCCCCCAUGUGGACUAACAGCGCUGAUGAUGAUGAUGAUGAUGAUGAUGAUGAACCCAGUGUGAGGAAGAGUUAGCGUUACUUUAAAGGGCUUUGUGAAAAGAUUAACUUUAAACUUCCUGCACCUUUCUGUACGUGGGACCCACGGACCGUCCCGUCUGCUGAGCUCGCAGCCGCCCGCCCAUCAGCCCCUCUGACAGCCUGCUAAUGCUAAUUAGCGUUAGCGGCCACCAACGAGCUGCUGGUUUGUCUUAGCAACAGUCCUGCUAAUUAGCGUAGCGUUAGCCCAGUUAAUUAACCCACUAACAGCCCCGCUAAGUGACCAGCGCCUCACUAAUUAGCCUGCUAAUUAGCGCUAACAGUGUAAAAAAGUGAACGGACGAUGUGCGGCCUGGAGGUCCGGCCUCCUCCUCCCUCCUCCCUCCUCUUCCUCCUCCUCCCUCCUCCUGCAUGAGCCUCCCGGUGUGUCACCCUCCUGAUGACAGCAGGCAGGUCCGAGGUCACGGCCUCACGUGGUCCUAGAGAGAGCCAGGUUCCUCUCCACCUGUCCGGACGUGUGCAUGUUUCUCCUUCCUCUGUCAGCUUUCAUUCCAUUGAUGUUUUCUUUUUGUUGUUGUUGUUGUUUUCUGAGUGUUUCCUGGUUCUGCCUGCAGAGGGACAGACAGACAGACAGAGGGACAGACAGACAGACAGACAGACAGACAGACAGACAGACGGGCAGACAGACAGACGGGCAGAGGGACAGUUGAUCCCGGGUUAAAGGUCAAACUCGUCGGACCGGCCUCAUGACCUCAGCUGUCAUCCUCUCCACCAAUCACAGCGAAGCCCCGGCUCGUGCGGCAGGUUACUCACGGCUGUCUGAGAUCGAAAGGGCGCGCUCCAUUCGAACGUGUCGGCUCGGCGAGGGCGGAGCAAAGCGUCUCUAAGGAAGGUGGGCGGAGCCGUAGUUCUUGUAAAUUCGUCAAACUGUCAAAGUGAAACGUCUGUUUACGUGUCGAGGAAAACCUUCCGUCUCUGUGCGGCGUCCUGACGAAAACGCGUCGCUGUGAUGUGUGUGACAAACAAACCGUUCCAGUCUCCUGUUGGCCGUCCUUUAGCACGUGGUGUGUGUGUGUGUGUGUGUGUGUGUGUGUGUUCGUGUUCGAUGUAGUGUGUCCGGUCACGUGGCGUUUCCUGUGUGUGACUCGGACGCAGAGGAAACGACGCCCUCGCGGCUCGAAGCGGCGCCGCGCCGGUCGGCGUUUGGAGCUCAACCGUGAUUUAGUCACAAGGUCUGUUUGAAACAAAGAGGAUAUAUACGGCAAGAGGUCCCACUCUGGUCCCACUGACUGGUCUCGCUGUUUUUACGGCGAGAAAAUCCCUUCCUCUCGUACACGACGCCUUUUUUAAAAUCAUCUAGAGUUCAACGCUUUUUCCGGUAAUUUCACGCCUUUUUCACGCUUUUCCUGGUCUGUGAUUGGUGGAUGAAAUCAUGAAAACAGCUGACGUCAUGAGUCAUCGCGGCAGCAGUCCUGAAUGACUCGGCGCGUUUGAGUCUGCGUCUGAACCGCAGCAGCAGCGGACGACGACCUUCAACCCGAACCCGAACCUGCCGGGACCGCCAGCCAACGAAAACGCUGCGAUCCAGCGGGCGGAGCGAGUCGCCGCCGCCGCAGUGCAUGCUGGGACGGGUCCCGCAGACCGCAGAGACAGCUCUCUCUGUUGAAUCGACCCCACGUUGAAACGAAAAAAAGGCACUAAGAGAGAAAAAACUCCACCGGAACCUCGGCUCCGCCUGACGGCCAGCCAAUCAGGGGCUGUGAUGUCAGAGCGGGGGGGGGGGAAGUCUUGCCCCAUGUUUAAAGAGACGGCACUUGUCACGACCACCCAGACUCACACAGUGAACAUCACCUGACCAGUUCAAGCUGCUGCUGCUGCUGCGGGACGGGACGCCGCCGCCGCGCCCACCGCCGCGCCCGCCGCCGAAACAUCGAUUCAAACCCGCUGAUCGUCCCCUCGCUCACGUCCCGCUCGUCUGCGCCUCUUUAAUCGAUGAAAUUUCUUCCAGACUUUUCAUUUAAAACCUUCAGUGACUUUAAAUUCCUGUGGCUGGUAAAUGUGUUUGAGCGAGUCACAGCGCCACCUGGUGCAUCGUGAGCGCCGCUUGUAACCGAAUCGAUUUUUCUUCUUUGUUUGUUUGUUUGUUUGUUCCUGCUGCAUAUUACCCGUCUGUCUGUCUGUGAGUCAGCACCGGAUUGGCUCCCUCUGCAAGCCAGCCGGGAAGCCGUGCUGUGAUUGGCUGGGAGGUGUGAGGGAAAGCAGCUGCCAGUGUUAUGAAUCAGAUGUGGGAGGAGUUUCUCUGUCGGGUUUCCUGUCCUUUAACGGUUUUCCUGGAGUUGAUUUGUGGCGGCGGCGGCGGCUCGUCGUCUCCCGGGUGAAUAAACAAGUCGGUUAAGACAUUCCUGCACAGAAAGUGAGAUUUGAACAUUCGGACAUGAAACAGGAGCUUUGUUUCUGCGAAUGUGUUUUCACCCAUAUCCACUUUGUAUUGUUUUGUUUGUUAUUUUUUUUAGUUUUUUCUGUUGGUUUGUGUCGUUGUGUGGCUGACGCUGCCUAGCUGAGACUGUAGACUGAACACUGAACCUCCACUCUGUAACUCCGCUUGUCCUGUCGUGUUGAAGCUGAACGCUCGCAGCCCGGUUUCUGAUUUAACCCUGUACACUAGAGAGCGAGGUAGAACUAGAUCUGCUAGAUCUGCUGCAGUCCCGUCACGGAAGGUCCACCGGCGAGGAGAAACACUGUGAUGACGGAGCCUGAUGUGAACGCACACGUGCAGCACAUCUGAACGGACGCGUGAUUUUGAUGAAUAAAAAGGCCGAAUGGAAACUGA